UGCUUCGUUGUCAACUUGAUCCAGGUGCAUAUUCUAAACCAUAGUAACCGAUUGUUUUGUCAGCGUCACUUACACAUCAGCAAAAAACACCGGUUCCAUUUAAUUGUACAUCCGGUUUCCAAGGGUAACCGUUUGUUUAAAUUUGAAUUAAACAACAACUUGUAAAGAAAACUUCAAGACCGGCGGUUACACAUCAUAUUUUUGUGAAACAAAAACAAUAACUCUAACCACAUAAAAAAUAAGUUGAAGAAAAAAAUUAAAUAAUUAUUGUCAUCUGAAGAACUGAUGGAGACAAAACGUUUGCAACCACGAGCCAUAUUUGGCAUAAAUGGCAAGGUGGAAUUUGGAUUGCAUUUGCACCCCGAUAAACGGCACAUAGUAUAUCCAUUGGGAACCAAAAUUGCCAUCGAUGAUACCACAACAAGCAAACAAGAAUUUUUGGCUGGGCAUACAAGCAAUGUAUCCUGUUUGGAUCUAAGUCGAAGUGGACGCUAUAUGGCCUCGGGUCAAAUAAAUCACAUGGGAUUUCCAGGCUUUGUAAUUUUAUGGGAUUUUGAUAAGCGCAAGGAACUGACCAGACAUAAUUUGCAUAAGGUCCGUGUGCAAUCUGUCUGUUUUACAGCCCAUGACAAGUAUUUGGUCUCUGUGGGGGGACGAGACGAUGGUUCGGUGAUUGUUUUUGAUUUGCAAACAUUUGCUCCAAUAUGUAGAUCAGUGGCUGCCAGGUCUAUAAAUGGAAAUGCCACUGUAGUUCGAGCUUUACGCAACAACCCUUCAUUCUUUUUAUCGGCUGGAGAUCGUCAUCUUCGUAUAUGGAGUAUAGAACGAGAAAUGAAUAAAGCCCAUGUGCAGGAUGUCUAUGUUGGAAAACAUCAAAGGCGUUACUCCAGCAUUAGCAUAGAUCGGCGUGAUGAAUACGUUUAUUUGGGAACCUAUAGUGGAGAUGUGGUCAAAAUUGUGCUCAACUGUUGUGAUACGGUGAAUGUUACAAAAUCGGGGCAUUUUUCAUCAAUGGUUGGUGCCUUUGGAACUUACAAUCCGCGUAAACCAUAUGGUAAAGAUUGUAAACGUUAUGUGAAUGGUGUUCGAGUUGUUUACAUUGUCGAUGAUGGACUGCUGUUGGUGGGGGCUGGUGAUGGCACAAUUGAGCUGGUAGAAGAGCGUAGGGAUGUUAAGGAGGUGGCCUUUAAAACGUAUCCCAGUCCCACGUGGCCCAUGCUGCAGACGUUGAAAAAAACCAAAGUCAAUGGGGCUGUAACUUCUAUGGUUCAGAUAUCAGCUAUUGAAUAUUAUAUAGCCACCGAGGCCAAUGAGGUUUAUUUAUUGAACAUUAAAUUGUUUACCCUGAAGCUAUUGAAGACUUCCCACAAGGAGACAGUCAAUAAUAUUGUUUUCCCUAAAAAUCUUUCAUCAGUUUUUGCCACUGCUGGCUAUGAAACCAUACGCAUUUGGUCCACUAAACGUUUGCAGGAGCUAUUGCGCAUUAUGAUCUAUAAUUUCCAAUGUGCCGAUUUAAAAUUUACCAGCGAUGGCAGCAGUUUGGUAUCCGUCUGGAAUGAUGGUGUUAUAAGGACAUUUACACCAAUAACUGGUAGAUUGAUGUAUGCCAUACCGAACGCUCACAACAAAGGUUGUAGUGCUUUGGCUGUUUCAUCUAGCGGCCGUAUAAUUGUCACCGGUGGCAUUGAGGGUCAAGUCAGAGUAUGGAAGAUCGAACCCUAUCGGCAAAGUUUGCUAGGAAUUUUAAAGGAUCAUUCGGGUCCCAUAACAUCUUUGGACUUUAACAAUAUGGAUACGGAGGUUAUUUCGGCCAGCAGUGAUGGUUCAUGUGUCAUAUGGGAUGUCAAGCGUUUAACCCGAAAAAAUGUUAUAACUGCUAACACUCAAUUUAUGACUGCUAAAUAUUUUCCCACUGGUGUUCAAAUUCUUACCUGCGGCACUGAUGGUCGCAUUAGCUAUUGGGCUGUCUAUAAUGGAAGUUUAAUACGUGAAAUUCAAGGUUCUUUAAAGUCAUCGGUCAAUCACAUAGAUAUAAAUGGAUCUGGUGAUUAUUUUGUAUCGGUAGGCAGUGAUCAAUUGGUGAAGCUUUGGGAAUAUAAUCGUGGCGUAGUUGUGGCUCAGGGUAACGAACAUGCAGCAGCCGUCAAAAGUGUGGCCUUCAGUCCUUGUGGCAGAUUCUUCGUAACAGGUUGUUCCGAUGGCUGUAUCAUUAUUUGGGAUAUCCCAGGCGAUAUUUCAUCGGGAGCAUUCAGUGCCCUACCGGACAUCAAUGAUUUAAAAAUAUCCUCGCCUAAAUCCAAAUCCGCUAAUAUGGAGGAAAGAGCCAGCGCCCGCAGUAAUCAUAGUCAACGUAGAGAAAAUAUUGAUGGACUUGUGGCAAAUACACCGAAAAAUAAUGUCAAUGUCAUAGAGUGCCCUCCGGUAGAUUUACAAAAGAAACCCGAAUUAGCGGCAAGUGCAAAGAUGGAUGUCAAGAAGUGUUAAAAAGUUGGCAGCGCAUUUAUUUUAUAAAACCAACAUACAUUUACAAAAAAUGGCAUAUAUUAUUGAAAAAUAUAUCACGACUCAGUAUUACAACAA